AUGCUGGAAAGCCGAAAGCACUUGUUUCCAGUGUGGACCUUGAAGCGAAUUUUGAGUGAAGCUGUUGAUAUGCCAAGUCAAUAUUGGUUGGAACCAGAUGUGUCAUUCAAUCUUCAGAAUACACAAGAUUGGCAGCUGGACCUUCCGAUCUCUCCAAAAGCCUUCAGGUUUCACAGCUUGAUGAAAAUUGUGAAUGUCCCAACAACAGACAGCGGGGCAUACCAAUUACGUUUCUCGUUCUAUCUCAAGCAUAUGAAGCUAGAAUACGAAACGUGGAGUGCAAACAAGAUUACAGAUGUGAAAGUCAAUGGUCCACAUGAAACUGAUAGCUUCCCAAAUGCGAAGUUUAAGGUUGCAAGAGGCAAAGUGAAGUUGUUCAAUGAAGAACCAAUAGUUUACAAUAGUGAAUAUGAAGAGCUUUAUGAACACGAGAUGAAAAGAAGAAAUUAA